UGGUUGCUGCCUUAUCUCUUUGUUUAGGCUCUAUGGCUGAGAACAAAUCGUUGAUUGUGACGGAUGUGGUGCUGGUGAAGUCUAAGAUCACAGACCAUAAGCUAAAUGGUUCGAAUUAUUUGGAUUGGAGUAAGACUGUUAGCCUUUAUCUGCGGAGCAUAGACAAAGAUGAUCAUUUGACGAACGAUCCUCCUAAAGACGAUUCAAAGGAGAAAGCGGAUCUUACAUGGCUCAGAGAGGAUGCUCGAUUGUUCCUUCAGAUUCAGAAUUCUAUUGAUAGUGAGGACACGUCAGCAAGCUUAUGUUUCCGUGGCCAACGAAUAUUCCUACAUAUGCACAUGGGUCUUUUGGUGCAGUUCCUUUAGAGGCAUCGGGAGAUUUCAGAAUUCAUCCCGACGAAGGAGAGUUUCAUGUUAUGUGUCAGGUAUCUUCUUAGCUUGCUUCUUGUUUGGAUGCAUAAUUUUUAUGAUCUUAAAGAUGGAUGAUAAUUGUUUGUAACUACUUGGUUAGUGUUUCAUCAAAUGUCUCUUAUGUUGAAUG